AUGGAUAUGGAGCGGCCCCAGUGUGGAUCGCAGAGCGCAGGCGGUGCCGAAGAGUACCCCUUGGGCACACAUGUUGGUGGUCUUUUUGCUGUUUUGGCUGUUUCUUGCUUAGGCGCUGGAUUUCCUGUUGCUGCCAAGAAGAUAAAAUGGUUGAAGAUGCCGCCCAAGGUCUUCUUUGCUUGCAAGCAUUUCGGUACAGGAGUUUUGGUAGCUACUGCUUUCGUUCACUUGCUUCCAACAGCAUUUGGAAGUCUCACAAAUCCCUGCUUGCCCCCUCUGUUCACCGAUAUCUACCCAGCCAUGCCUGGAGUCAUCAUGAUGACCGCCAUGUUAGCGCUCUUCAUGGUUGAGCUCUACCUCAACGCCAAGACCGGAGGCCACUCACACGGUGGACCAACAGGCACCACCAUCACUGUCAACCCGCCUCCUCCUCGUCCUCAGCGUCCCUUCCCUGAGACCGCCAACUUCAAGCAGCACAACCGAUCUGACUCUGAUGCUACUGUUUACGAGGACGAUGUUGAUUACGAGAAGGCUAUGGCUCGUGAACUGUACGAGAAGGAGAACCAGCCUCACGCCUACUCACAAGAUUACGACAGCAGCUCCACCAUGCCUGCGUGGUUUGUCGUUUUCUACGAGCAGUACAUCCGCCAGCGGUCUGAGAUGAUGGACAUGAUCCAGAAGACCCAGUACGCCUCUCAGGCUGCCAUCGACUCAAAGCCCAGCGUUGAGGUCACCGAGUCUUUCUUUGAUGAGGAGAACCAGGCAGUUGACCCCGCCGUGUACAAGAAGAUGGCAACCCACAUCACCCUUCUUGAGGGUGGUAUCCUGUUCCACUCUGUCUUCGUCGGAAUGACAAUCGCCAUGACCACCGACGGUCUCAUUGUCCUCCUCACUGCCAUCAUGUUCCAUCAGAUGUUCGAGGGUCUCGGUCUCGGAUCCCGAAUCGCCGCUGUGCCUUACCCCAAGGGCAGCAUCCGACCCUGGAUUCUUGUCUUUGCUUUCGGCUGCACAGCACCAAUUGGCCAGGCCAUUGGAAUUGCCAGCCGAAACUCUUACGAUCCCGAGGGCGAACUUGGUCUGAUCAUGGUCGGAGUGUUCAACUCUAUCUCCUCCGGUCUCCUGAUCUACGCCGCGCUGGUCAACCUCAUGGUCGAAGAUUUCCUCUCAGAAGAAGCGCAGCACCUCAUGAAGAAGAAGGACAAGAUCGCUGCCAUGGCCUGGCUUUUCCUUGGCGCGUUUGGAAUGUCUGUUGUUGGCGCCUUCGCUUAG